AUGCCAAGGUGCGCAGGAAUCGAACCAGAAGCGGAUUCACACAAACCAAGCGAACAAAGAUUAGAAGUUACGGCUAGGGUCGGCAGGCACUCCUCAAUUGGGCCUACUGAAAUAAAACCCAGUGAAUUCGACGACGCGAAACAUAUAGGGCCUAGAAGAUUCGCACCACAGCUCAUGGAGACAGGCACACGCUCUUUUCGUCGAAUGAAAACCUCUCAUACAAUUAUUCAAGAAAGGAGCAACUCAUUGGUACUGGGAGAGAUUCCAACCCUCGUCACCGCGGUCGGCAAUGAUGCACAUAAUCACAGGCACGUGGCCCAUGAAUCUUGUUUCUCGUACAUGAACUUGUGCCGGCGGCAACAGACGAGGAGGCACUCGUUCCGGAUCCCUGACCUUCCUGCAAUUCCUUCUAGUUGUAGCGAGACAUCUGAUACGUCUGAUAAUCCGUCGGCACCUGCAUCGCCUGAUAGAAUGGAGAAAGACAACUCUGCCGAUAUUAAAACCCGAGGGAGCUCCGAGGACGAAAAUACAGAAUACCUUUCCGCCAUCGCAGCUAUCACAGUAGAGAAACAGCUUAAGGAACAAGCCCUAGCAGCUUUUCCAAACGAACAAGAUCAUCAGCCCGUCGAUCACUUUGCUAUUGAUCGAGAAGAGGAAGAGUUCCUGAAUAAUGAACGUGCAACCUCUCACGUGGGAAUCCCACCUCAAUACACCUAUCGACGAACAUCAUCUGCCGAUCUUUCAUGGGAGCUAGACUACAUGCGCAGACAUAAAGAAGAAGCCGAGAUGAGUGAUCGUGCAAUGGCUCGAACCAGAGGGUCACCAUUCUUAUCACCGACUGAUGUUACCUCGCUUGGAUUCAGGAGGCCAGCGAGACACCAUGAUAAUCGAGUUCGGGGUCGUGGUCUUGAACCAACCAGGAGCAAUGCUACCCCGCCGAUGCUCGGAGAGGAUCUUAUCUUUCCCCAAAGCCUGUCUCCAGAGUCAACAGUAUGCGAGGGUAGCAAUAUUCAACACAACGUCACACGCAAUAGACUUUGUUUUUUCUCUGGACUUUGGUAUGGAAAUCCUCAUGCCAACAAUAGGUCCAACAGUGGCGGUCUUUGGAAAGGCACUUGCAAAACUUCAAGUCCGCAAGAAAUACAAUCACCGCGUUGUUCAAUUGCAGACCCAAUUGCACAGACAUACACAUCUUCCACCCUUCAGCCGACCGAUGUAAAUCGCCCAACGGAUAAUAACCAGUUACUCCUGCCUACGCCUCACUAUAAAAUACAAGAAGACUUCCGUGAUGAGUCUCUCGAAACGGAAUUGCAAGACGGUUUGGUUACUCAGAUAUACAAUUAUCUUUCGCUUGGUUAUCCCUGUGUUGCCCGAUAUUUUGACCACGAACUCAGCAGGAUCUCUGGUAUAUCGGUGGCAGAUUUGAGACAAGAUGAUCUGAACACAGAUGCAAGGGGCCAUGUCGGUGUUUCCGACAGUCCUUCGAUAGGGGACGACAUCUCAACACGUGCUUGCAUGCGCUGGAAGGCUCUACAACUGUACAUAUUCGAUUGGGCACGCGAGCGGCAUCGUGUCGGAUUUAAUGACAUGGAUGGAGAACAUGGAGCAUGGGGCGUAUGUGAACGCAAAGGAAGUUGGGCUGUUUGA